AUCUCGCAUAGAGUUCGCUUCUUUCGUCGCUCACAUGAAAGAGAAUAUCGAACAUGUGCCAGAUAACUUGGCAAAGCGCCAGGCACUCAACCCCUCGCCCUGUGCAGCAUUGCUGUUUGGAUUCGACUCGGCGGCGCCAGCAACGGUGGCAACGGUGGCGGCGGUAGCAGCAGCGGCGGCGGCAACGGGAUCGCUCCGCGCGGCGACGGCGAUUUCGCGAGGAAACCAUCCGCGUCUCCGCCGUCGGCGCAGGACGAUGGCCUGGCGGAGCGCUCGGCUGCCGGAUGCCUGUGGUGUGCUGGCGGUCGCUUUGUCGUUGCUGCUGGUCGCCAGGGCGCCACUUGCCGCCCCAGCUGGCCUGGGGCUUGGGGCUGUACUGGUCAGAACGACGCGUUCGACCGGCCGGAGACCGGUCUGUGACGCGAUGUGGCCGCGUCUCGAUGGCCCGAUCGUUCUGUAUGUCGGCAGUCGUUGCCGCUGGUCGCUGGGUUGCUUCCCGCCGCCGCCGCCGCCGCAGUCGUCGUCGAUGUCGUCGUCGUUGCCUGCAGGUUUUUGCUGCUGUUGGGGUGCCCUCGUCCCUUCCUCCUUCUGUUCCUUCCCUCGUCAUCCUGACCCCCCUCCCAGUCCCCCUCGAGCAGAAGGGCGACCCCCCGAGCCGCGCCGAGGUGGGCGGCUCCGUGCGGGUCGACCCCGCGGCCGCGCCGGCCGGAGAUCACCGCAGGCACUCGCACCACCACAGCCGGCACCACGUCCACCACAGCCACCACGGCGACCACCGCAGCCACCACAGCAGCCACCACAGCAGCCACCAGCACCGCAGCCACUACGAGGACGGGGCAGACCGCGGCGCCCAGCGCACCUCGUACAACAUCGGUCUCAUCCCGCGGGGGGGCUCGCACGCGCCCAGCGUCGACGGCCGCGGGGAGACGCAGGCGCUCCUGAGACCACCCGUGGCAGUUUACUGAGCGCCGCCUGGUUGAGGGCGGGAGCCGGCUUCCCGCGCGCGUCGCUGGUACUUCUUCCCACUUUCCCGCGCGCCCUUGCCCCCGGGGU